AUGCGGUGGCGAACUACCUCUUCCACGACUUCCGUGGUGCUGCAAUCACUGCUGGUCCUCUUGGUCUUCUGCGAAGCUUCUGACGGAGGAGCACUACGUGGAGACCGCAUCCUGGACACCAUGAAUGAGGCUCCAACUGGAUCAGGGUCAAUACCACUUCAAGAAUACCGCCGUGAGAUACCGCCGGGGUGGAAGCCAAAUGACCCGGCGUAUCCACUCCGAUCAUACUUUGACAGAUUGAGGUUGUGGUAUCGCAUAGCGAACAUCCCUGACGAGACCAUUGGACCCACCAUUGCGGGCAGACUUUAUGGAAGGGCCCAUAGGGUCGCGAUGAGCCUCAGGAUGCCACGUCCAGAUGGAGGACAUGAUACUGGAGACGCUGCAUUGGUGAGACUUGAAGUUGAUGAAGUUAGAGACCCCAAUACGGGGAUGGUGAUUCAAGCUCAUGUGCCAAGCGGCGUGCAACACCUGACAGCAGCACUCCGGAUGGCUUUUGGCCAACAGGACCAAGACCUUGCCACACAGUCCCUUGAGAAGUUCUUUGGACUUGCCAGAGGACGCUUGUCGCUGCAGGAGUACAGCGUGGAGUUUGAUGCACGUUUUGAUGAAGCCUCAGACCGUGCUGGACUACAGAUGAAUGAGGUGGCUCGCUUCUUCCUGUUCUUCAAGCACAGCGGCCUUUCAUCAAAACAGGUGGACGACAUCAAGCUCCAGGUGGCCGGUGACUUCACGCGCUUUGCAGAAGCCCGAGCACUGGCACUUCGGCUGUCCUCCAACAAGCAGGACAACGAGAACAUGGACAGCUACUAUGCCCAGGACUACCACCAGGACUAUGUCACUGAGGACAACUAUGGCGACUGGAUGGAGAACGAGAUCUACGACUACGAUGAUGGCCAUGACUAUGCCUGGUGGGCCGACUAUGACGCCUAUGAUGAAGGUGAAUGGAUCCUGGACUACGACGACACGGCCGAUGCCUACUACCAACAGUACUGGGGUGAAGAGUACUGGGAUGCGCAGGAGGAAGAGCAGACAGCUGGCAGCACUGGAGACCCUGAGAAGACCUCCGACAAGACCAGCGAGCAUGCUGCCGAGGAGUACUAUGGUGGAAAAGGACAAGGCAAUGGUGGCUGCUUUGUCUGCGGAUCCAAGUCCAAGGACUGUCCGAUGUCAAACAACAACAAGGGUUCUGGCAAGGGAUCCAAUUUUGGCAAAAGUUUUGGAAAAGGAAAAGGGAAGCCCAGUUUUGGAAAAGGCAAGGGCAAGUUUUGGCGAUGGAGACCAUUCAGAAAAGGUAAGGGCAAAGGAAAAGGCCACUUUGGCCGAGGCAAGUUUGGAGGUGGAAAGAGUUUUGGAAAGCGCCAUUGGUUCGCACAGCCCACAUCAGUGCGACCUGGCCUGAACAUCGUGGAUGGCAUUCCAGACAGUUCGACAAGGACUUCAAAUGCCUCUGCAAGUGCUCAAGAGUUUGCGAUCCACACACCGCCAAGUGGCCUUGAGGGUCCCAAGUUUGUGAGGAUCUCCACAGCCAACACCGACUCUGGAGAAGAACAUCAACAAGUUGCACAGAAUGAGAAGAAGCACCUCAACGCCUUCAGCUUUGCCUUCAACUUCUACGAGGCGGCGGACUACUUUGCAGUUCGAGGUGAAAAGAGAAGAGGUCUGAUCAUAGACCCAGGUGCAGCUUCUGGCUUGAUUGGCUGUGACACACUGAAGGACCUCAUGGAGCACUGCAUCAAGCCCUACGGCAAGGAGAUCUCCAUCGACAAGAGCAUCACCUCUCCUGUGAGCGGCAUCAGUGGAGGUUCAGACAGAACCUUGGGCCAAGUGACGAUUCCACUUGUGACUGGUGGAUGCCCGAUCACGUUCACAGGUGAAGUCAUAGGAGGUGAUGGCAGCAUGUGCCCAGCCUUGGUCGGCAACCCAUCUUUGCGGAAGAUGCACAGCACCAUCUUCACCAACUACUUCCAGAAUGGUGAUGGCCUGCUUGUUUUGGAUUCGAGGUCUGAUGGCCAAGGAGCUUUGAAGAUGCUUCGAAUCCUCCUCACAGACUCAGGCCACUACAUCUUGCCGACCGACCAUGACGCCACUGCCAAGGUAUCUAUGGAAACCCAGAAGGAGAUUGCGGUCUUCUGGAACAGAGUAGCUGAUGAAAGCUGCCGGAGAUGGAAGGAUGCCUGUCCAAAGAAGCUUCACAUCUUCCACGCGUCAUCUGAUGCGGCAUCAUACGCAGAAGGUGACCGGGGUGAAGCAAAGACCAAUGAUGAUGAUGAUGAUGAUGAUGGAGCACUAUGUCAUGAUGAUCAUCAACUUUCUGGACAACAACAUGAAGUUCAACUACCUCCUGAAGUAUCACAUGGCGCUCCCACUGCAGAUGACGACAUCCUGGACAAGAACAACAAGACUCCUGGCACUUUGCUGAACAAGGAGAAGGACAAGGCUGUGACUGGCACUUUGCCAUCUGAAGCUCCAGCCUCAAGCAUCAAGUUUCACAACAAGAGCGAAGUCUCUGUCAAUUUUUCCGACACGGAAUUCAUCGCCGACUUGGACUCUGAGCCCAACGGCAAGAUUCUUUCUUUUGACAACACCUUGCGUACAGUUUGCACUGAUGAAAAGCCCUGCAGUUUCACCAACGACACCAAGGAUGACAACAUCCAGCACUUCUACACUGAGGAGGACUUUCCUUCCUACACGGGCGACACUUUUCCCGAAGGUUUUGAUGAUGCACGUCUUCGGAAGAAGUACAAGGCCAUUCCUGAGGAGUACUACACUCGCACAGGCCUUAAACCUGUGACGCCCAAGAACUUUCCCAAGUGGUUCAUGCAGGCGAAGGGCAAGAAACUACGAUGGCAUUUUUGGGAAGUCUUUAGCGGCUCUGGACGAUUGAGCUUGACCAUGCUGAUCGCAGGUCUGACAGUUGGAUUUCCCAUUGACAUGCGCUAUGGCUGGGAUGUUGGAAAUGCCUGCCAUCAGAAGUAUCUUCGCCAAGCACGAGAUGAAUUUUGCCCUGGUGUCAUUCACCUUGCACCAGAAUGUGGCCCAUGGUCAGUGUCCUCUUCUUCGAAGGAUCCAGAUCUACGACAAGCUGAACGCCUUCAACAGAAGCCUGCGUUGGACUGGACCGAGGAGACAUGUCAUGUCCAGUCAAAGCAUGGUCGAGGCUAUGUGGUUGAACAACCUUGGGGCAGUGCACUUUGGCAACCCGAGACACCACUCGACCUCACCAUCAACAGCGACAACAAGAAGAAGCAGAGAGCUGACCAAUGCAUGCACGGUGCCGAAUGUGAAGGCUACCCAGUGCAGAAAGCCACAGGUCUUGGGGCAAACUUCAAAAUGCCGAAAACAGCACUUCGCUGUUCUGGGCACAAAGGCACUCCUCAUGCUCACCUUCAAGGACAAGGAGCAGAUGGCCUGAACCGCACAGCCAAAGCUGCGGUGUACCCCAAGACGAUGUGUCAUCGACUUCGACAAGACAUUGUGAACUUUCUCCACAAGCGAAAACUGUUGCACAUCAAGGCCUGGCCUCAAGCUCUGAGUUGGUAUGUGGCAGAACACUUCUAUGAGUGCACUCGCUGCCAACUUGGACGCUACUGCCCAGAUGACAUACCACACACUAUGAUUCCAGGCAAGUGCAGACAUGGUCGAUAUGCAGCUGGCACAAACCCAAGAUCCAAGAAGGACAACUCUGCACCAGCUGACCCAGUCAAACAAUGGAAAGACAAUGCCAACAGAGAUGUCUUGGAGGUUGUCGAGAUCAAGAACCUUUCUGGCAUUGACCUCUCCGUGGACAAGUCCCACUACCUGAAGAAGCUUCUCAUGGAGGUGAUUCAUACAUCACUUGGCCUCAUUUCAGAAGCUGCCAAUCGCAGGAUCGACUACGAGCUCUGGGUCGACAAUGCACUCUUCAUGGAACUGUUCAAGGAGAUCUUUUCUGACUUCAUGCUGGUGAAGGGUGUUCGGAUCUCACUCCGACCAUUUCGGAAGUCUGGACCUGAGCCACAACUCACGAAGGCAUCUGCAUACCUUCGACUUCACAUUUGUGGCCAUGUCAAGGAGUGGACGAUCCAACAAAUGGAAGACAUCCGAGAAAUGUCCAUUUCCCAGAUCAACGAGAGUUUUGAUGUCGACGACUGGAUGAUCACAGUCUUUGGAGCUGAACAAGGUGGACAACCAGCACCUUCAACACCAUCGCACCGACCUCGGUCGAAACCACCUCAACCUGAACUACCUGCACGCCAAGAUGACGCAGCACUACUUCCUGAAGUUCGAGAACGUCCUGGACAUCCAGAAGAAGGAGAAGCAGCUGAACCUGGCUAUGAAAUAGAACCCUUCGAAAGCCAUGAUCGAGCACCUUUGGCACCGAUCAGACCAAGCUACAACCUGAAGAAGGUGUUCGACAAGCUGCCGAAACUCCUUGAAGCUGGACAUCGAAACCAAGCUCUACGACUUCUGGUUGGCAUGCAUAAAAGACUCUGGCACACGCCAGUGAUGGACUUCCAGAACCUUCUGAAGAAGGCCAACAUGCCGCAGGACGUGAUCGACUUGGCUGCUGAAGCCGUGAAGAGCUGCGUGGUGUGCCGGAAGUUUGUCAGACUUCCAAAUCGACCUCAAUUACGUGCUGGUGGCAGCUCCACUUUUGGAGAGACUCUCCAGAUAGAUCUUUUCCAUUGGGAAGGACAUGUUUUCCUGCUGAUCAUCGACGAAGCUACCCGCUUCAAGGUGUGCACUGAACUCAAGGGCCAAGACUCUGAGACCAUUUUGGCUGCAGUCUUCUCCAGCUGGAUGGCCUACUUUGGUCCGCCAAAGCGGAUCGUGCUGGACCAACAGAUGUCUUUGAUGGGCUGGGACACGGCGCAUGAGUUUGAGCGUCUGUCCAUUGAACGUUGCCCACGUGGCACAACUCAAGGCCACGGAGCAUCUCAGCACACUGGCACUGGCAUUGUGGAACGCCACAUUCAGCUGUUGAAGAUUACGAUGUUCAAACUACAAGCUGAACUUCAACGCCAAGGUCUCAAUCCAGAACCUGAAGAAGUGGCUCGAGAGUCAGCUAUGGCACACAACCAAACCAUCAACUACGGAGGAGUCACACCUUGCAUGAACGUGUUCGGAGUUCUGCCUCGAGGAUUUUACAAUCCUGAAAGCCCUGGAGUGACCAGCGUGAUUGGAGCUCUGCAGACAGACCUGACGGUCUUUGAGCGUGCUGUGAGGAUACGCCAAUCAGCACUGGCCCAAACAGCUCAAGCGAUCAUUGAAGAUCGCACUGCACGAGCCAACAGGACUCGACCACAUCAGCUGAAGGUCGACGAGUUGAUUGCUGGAACCAGUGAGGUUGAAUUCUUCCGAGAUCAAGUUUGGCGUGGACCUGCUCUCUUGCUUCGGCUAGACCAAGCCGAAGGCAUUGCUGUGAUCCAAUAUCAAGGUAAGCCAUACCUUGUCAGCCUUCGACACAUCAGAGAGUACAAGGGCAUCUUCCACUUUGAGAUCCAGUCCGAGAAUGUGGAACAGGCGCUGUUCUCCCUCAUGAAGUACACCGAGAGCAUCAGCGACCACAGGAUCCUCUACUUUGGCUGGCUGAAACGCCACAAGGAUGGCAAGUGGUACAGAUUGCCCAAGGAGACGCCUGAAGUUCGGAAGAUCAUGGAAUGGGCUGAACUGGUUUCCAAAUCCAUGACGGAGUUGACACUCCACGGCAUCAUGAUCGGCAAGGCACUCCGAAACAUCAAACCUCCACACAACACCACAGGCACUAUGAUCAUGUGGCUUGCUGGAGGACGGAAAUAUUCAGUUCAACAUCAUCCCAACUCCAACAACCUCAAGCUGAAGAAAAUCUCCAACUUGGCUCAGGAGGACACAUGCAUGAUCUACUUCUACUACUACAAGACGGCAUCGAUGGAGCCAAGCUCAUCAGAAACCCCUGAGACCAAGAAGGAGAAAACCUCCUCUACUUCAACCUCUCCAGACCUUGACAAGAUGGAUGUGGAACCACCAGAUCGAAAGCGAGACAGCCCAGAAACCAGGACGGUAGUCAUUGCUCCAGAGAAGAAGCGACAGAAGAUAGCAUUGGUCCGAAGAGAUCUCAACUUUCUUGAGGACUUCUACAUGGACCACACCAAGAACAUGCUCAUCAUUCUGGACUACCCCAACUCUUGGAAGAUUGGCUGUAACUUCAUGACCCAGGAGAUCAAGAACUUCCUGGUGAAGAAACACGAUCAAGAUCGACGAGCACUACCUGUCCUCUUCAACAUCAACUACAAGACUGAUCACCAUGCACUGGCAUGCCUGAGGACAUCAGAGAUCUACAAGGUGGACCAGGAGACGAACAACAUCUCCGAGGCCGAUCUGACUCCAGACAUUUGGCCUGAAGUUGACAAGGCCGAUCUGGCCGAGAUCAAACAGUUUGUGGAGGAGUCAGCUUUCAAGAAGAUCCACAAGUCGCAGAUCACAUCAGAGAUGGUCGUGGUUGACGCGAUCUGGGUGCGGAAGAAGAAACGCUAUCCAGAUGGUAGCAUCCGCAUCAAAUCAAGAUUGUGUGCACGAGGAUUUCUUGACGCACAAAAGUCAAUGUUGACCACAAGAUCUACGACGGCUACCCGUCUCAGCCAGCGGUUGCUGGUCAGCUAUGCUGCUCAAGAUGAAGAGCGAGACGUGGAGUCUUUGGAUGUUGGUGGGGCCUUCCUAAAAGGAUUCAGUUUCCAGGAGAUCCAGAAGGUGCUUCGAGAACAAGGACAUCAAGCUCCUUCGAGGACAGUCAUUUUGCUGCCUCCACUGAACGUGUACAAGCAUCUUGCGUCUCUGUCAGACGACUUCAAGAUCCCUGAGGCGAGCAUCUUUGACUACGGUCUCCUAUGUGUGAAGCCUGUGUAUGGCCUCAACGAUGCACCUUUGGCUUGGCAACUUUGUCUCCACGACUUCAUCAAGCAUCACGAUGGACAUCCCUCCAAGAUGGAUGAGAACACUUUCAUGUGGAAGAAAGAUGAGGCUCUGGUAGCCUUGGCCACCACUCACGUGGAUGACAUCACACUGACUGCGAGCAAGAACUGGCUGAACACCAUGCAUGGCCACUUUGUGAAGCGCUUCAACAAGAUCACACGCCAGCAACUGCCAUUCAACCAUUGCGGCUGUUUCUAUGAGCGACUUCCUGAUGGCUAUCGCAUCAGUCAGGCUGACUUUGCCAAGAAGCUGGAAAAGGUUAAAAUACCUGAGAAAGGCGACUCCGAGAAGCUGACGCCUGCUGAAACUUCAAGCUUGAGAUCUAUCUUGGGCGCUUUGCUCUGGGUGACUGCCACGAGACUUGAUGUGGUGGCAGAUGUAUCAAUCCUUCAAAGCAGAGUGACAGUGGCAGAAAUCCGAGACCUGAAGUAUGCCAACCAGGUGGUCGACAAGGUGAAAGAGUUCCAAGAUGUUGGACUACACUACCGCUUCCUGAAGACCAACAACCUGAGAUUGGUGUGCAUCCAUGAUGCUUCUUCAGCGAGCCAAGGACGCCACUAUGCUCAAGAAGGACUUCUGAUCUGCUUGACAGAAGACAAGUUCCACAACGAGAACCUCAACUACGAGACCAUCUUCAACGACGGUGAUGGCCCUGACGGCGUUGAUCGCCAUGGAGGAGUGAUGCAUGUGCUUCACGCCAGUGGCACAAAAGCCAAGAGGGUGUCUUACUCGACAUCUCAUGCAGAGACCCUCAGCAUGAUCAAUGGCGUGGAGUCGAGCACUUUGAUUUUGGAAGAAGGCAACAAGCUGAUCCCUGUGGACUACUACGGCGACUGCCGUGAUGUCUUUGAAUUGGUGACUGGAGAAAGGACGCUUCCUCAAGACAAAGGACAGCGACUCUAUGUGCUAUCCAUCAAGGAAGCGAGGCUGAUGGGUAAGAUCAGAAUGCUGACACUGAUUCCAACACAGUGUAUGACAGCCGACAGCCUCACGAAGUCAAUGAUCCAUGCAAGCAUGCUCCUGCUCCUCACAACUGGCAUGAUCAAGUUCUUCAACGUGGACAAGCACCAUGUCACUUCGAGGAUCAUGCCCUCGAUCAAGGACUACAACGAGCACGACCUGCUGAAGGACGACAAGCAGAUGCUGAAGGAGAUCAAGGAGAAACCGGAACGAGCUUCAGCAAGCUAUGCGACAGUGCUUUGCGGCUUCAUGCUCCAGGACAAGAUGAACGCUCUAUGUCUGUUGGCUUUGACGACAUCGUUGCCUACCGCCACAGCCUUGGAUGUGCGCUACAUCGACGACAUCGAGAAGGAGAACACCGCUCCGAGCAUGCUCACCUUCUUCUUCCUGCUCUUCUUUGCGGUGGUCUUGGCGCUCUACCUGGAGAAGCUCUUCCGCUACAUGCUGGACUAUGCCCUGACGCUCCUACGCCGACGUUUCCGACGGCAUUGGAAGGUGAAAGAAGAAAUCGACGAGACAGCUCCGAUGGACGUGGACUCAUGGGAGCCAACGAAAACAGAAGAAGACUAUGAAGCAGAAAUCAGAUCCCUCAAGAAGAAACUGCGAAGGCUGAACGAGGACAAGGACGAGCUCUUGGUGACCAUCAAGAUCAAGGAGGACUGCAUCAACAACCUGCAGAACGAGCUCAAGGAAAAGGACAUGGAGAACAUGUCCGGGGAAGACUUUCGUCAACGACAAGAACGUCAAAUUGACAAGCUCGAUGUGGAGAAAACAGAUGCUGAACGAGCUCGAGACCGUGCCCUGGACGAGAUGGACAGAGUCACUUUCGAGCUGGCAAAUGCUCAGAAAGAGCUUGUGAAAAAGGAGAAUGAACUGGAAAAGGUGCGUGGUCGUUUCGACCGACUGGAAGAGAAGCACAGCAAGCUGGUGGACGAUCACGACGAAUAUCGUGAGACCAUUGCUGCAUCAGCGCGGCAUAUCACCUACCUGCGAGAGCGAUUGCAGCGCUAUGAGACCGUGCAUGCUGCUCCACCAGGAGUACGACAGAUCGUGCCGAACAGCUCAACACCUACAGCUGCUCCAGCGCCUCCGCCGAGAGACACAGCUGCUGAGGAAGAAAAGAGAAAGAUGCAGCAAGAGCUGCAACAGCUGCGAGAGGAAACACAGAAGCUGAAAGAGGAGAACCAAAAGCUGCGCACGGACAAGACCUACAACACCAGCGAGAUUGCCAGAAUGAGCCGGCAGUUGAUAGAAGCCCGUGCACCUGCCACGGUGUAUUUCACCAGAGGUGGAAACUGCUAUCACAACGAUAGCUGCAACCAUCUCAAACAUGGCCGCGAAGACAGACCGCGGUCAGAGUUACGGAAGUGCAAGGACUGCUUCCCCUGA